ACGACGGUCCUCACAGCUGCCCACGGCGGGGUUGCUGGGUGCUGGACGCACACAGGGUGCUGCGCGGUUGGCUCACGGCUCCUCGCCACAGCUCUCUGCCACCAGAGCUGCUUUAAUACGCAUUUCACAGACGGGGAAUCCAGGCUGAGGCGCCAAGUGUCCUGCUCACCCUAUGGUCCUUGCGUGAUGAGUGACCACCUGUCCCUCACAGCCCUCUGACUGGUCUCUCCACCCACUUCCUCCAAUAUCUGCUGGACAAAGAAGCAAAAACGAAAGUGAACAUAGAAGGCCUUUCUUGGAAAGCUCUGUUUUCUCAGAAGAGGUGGUGCCUGCCGUGUGGUCCCACACAGUAUAUAUUGCUGCUCAGAGCAGAGCAGCAGAGCUGGGGACUUGGCCCUGGGCAGCCACACCGGCUGGAGACUCCCCACUUUCCUUUGUCCCCUGCAGGCCGCUGCUCAGCCUCCUUCGUGCCGGACCAGAGGCUCCCGGAGAGGCAAAGACAGAACACGUGGACCCUUCCUCUGGUUCUGGACCUGAGGCUGCAGUUAGAACAGAAACAUGGGUUGGACUCCCCAGGAUUGGACUGCUGGGGACGCCUCUGACUCUCCCAUGGACAAAAUAUACGAGGAUUUGUGGGACAACGAUGACAUUCUUCUGGGCGAAGAUGUGGAGCAAGAAGGUAGAGAUCUGUCUGAUGAAGAAAGACAAUUUUUGAAAGAGUUUCCCAUCUUUAAAGAGGAACUAGAAGCGGCCAUCACUAACUUCCACGCCCUUGCAGACGAAAUGGAUAAAGCCCACAAAACAUUCACCAAGGUCAGCAUGGUGUCCAACACUGUCUCUGUCGUCGCCGAUGUCAUGGGCAUCCUGGGUUUGGUCCUCGCUCCAGCAACAGCUGGAGGGAGCCUGAUGCUUUCUGCUGCUGCUACAGGUUUUGGGACAGCAGCUGGGGCCGCCAGCACCAUCACCGACAUCUUGGAAUACCUUCGCAAGAAAGAAAUCAAAGCUCAGGCCAACAUCCAAGUGCCUGACUCUGAGCACCACUUGGCCACGAAUGUUGCAAAAUCUGCCAUUAAGUUUGGAACAAAUGUCAGGAACAUCGAGAAGAAUGUCCUUGCCUUUCAGAUAGCCAAGAACCACCCACGCCUGGCUGCAGCUGCCAAGCGUCUCCUGAACGCUGGCCAAGUCUCGUCCAAAACCCAAAAGCAGGUGCAGAAGGCCUUUGGAGGUACGACGAUGGUGAUGAAGCAUACUACUCGCUUGCAGAAAAGUGGGAUGGCCUUCUUCGCCCUUGGCAUAGACUUGAUGGCCGUCAUGAAGAACAAGAAGGACCUGGAGGAGGGAACCACAGAGUUGGCAGAAGAGCUGAGGGCCAAGGCCCGCGAUGUGGAGACAGAGCUGACUAAACUCACCAAGAUCUAUGAGCACCUGAAGCAAAAGGAAUGGCAACGGUAUUGGGAAAAAAUACUCCAGUCGAAAAAUAAGGACAAAGAUCAGGUCUCGGACCCUCUCCACCCCUGUGGACCCCAAGACCCAAGAUCUGGGAAGUCCUUUGGACGUCAAAUCUUAGAAAUAUGUGCUUUUUUGGUUUUUGCCUCACUUUUAUUUAAAUGUUUUACUUAUCUCUUAUAUAAGGCGAUGUAUUUUCUUAGUCUCGCUUUGUUUUGUGUUGCUGUUUAUGUUUUAGCUACUUGCUUGACACAAUGCACUGACAUGAAAUACAAUUGUUUGAAAUUUGGGAAAGGAAAAAAGGGGUGGAAAUCAUGCGCCUUCCAAGGGUGACAGCGAUGGGUGCUUGGCAUAGAGUUUUCUUCCUGUGCUUCUGGCAGGUUGGUGUGAACCCACUGACAGGCUCAAGGGGCUGUGAUUGGCUGCCCCAGGCGCCCUGCAUGGGGCUGCAGGACGACGAAACAGGUGUCUGUCCCCAGCCCCUGGGUCCCCUCACUCUCCCCCACUCCUUUGCCUGCAGACCGGCUACUUCCCCGCACGCUGCGUUCACGAGCAACACCUGCUGCCAUUGGGUCCCCACUCUGUUUCCCUGAACACUGCGUCUUAGGCUGUGAAACAUUCUCUUGACUGUACACGUAGUCUUUGCAUUAGACGUCUAUUCGUCACCACGUUAUCAAAAUCUAGUCACCGGGCCUAGGUAGAAUUUAUUGCCUCACGUGAUGAAAGACCUAAGGGGUACAACAGGGCUUCAGCUGUGUCUGGAGCCAGAGGAUAAAAAUGAUGUCACCAGGCUCCUGUCUCUCCAUUUCCCAGACAGCAUCCCCCAGGUGCAGGCUGAUGGCCCCAGCACUCCAGGGUGUGCCCCUCCCACCUGAAAGGGGGCGGGGCAAUGUCGCAGUCCCACUCUGAUUGGUUAGGGCUGGGUCAUGUGCCUUUGUCUGCCCUGGUUGCUGGGAUCUCCACGCUCUGUGGUCUGAGCGAGGAGCUGGAAGCUGAACUGUGACUCCUGGUGCACUGUACACCCUCCCCCUGCAGGAACCCUUCGAUCGUUGAAGCCUUCUCGGCGUACUCGAGGGUGAAAUGAGUAUGUGUGUGCCAAAAGCGUGGCCCAUUGUUACCCGAAUGCUUCCCUAAACUCACAGUCCCUGAACUCGGAUACCUAAAAUAAAAAAAAACGACUUCAUGAAGGAAAAGGAGGACUCCCCCUCCUUCCACAUACAUUUGUUAUACACGUGCAGGAAAUUUGGGAAAGAUUUUAAAAGUGGAGGGCAAGAGCCCCACUGUCAACAUCAGGGGUCACAGCCGGUCUUAAGGCCUCGAGGUUUGGGUGCCUGCGACCCCACGCGUAGGCCGUGGUGUUUCCUGCUUCUUUCGCUCUCGUGUCUUUGUCGUACUUUGUCACAAAUGCCACUGUAAGGAAAGAGCUCCCUCCACUUUUCACAGCGUUCUCUGUGUGUCUGAGUGUCCUUGGAGUCCCGGAUAAACGCCACCAAUAAAAAUACACUGCACAAACGA